GUGGUGUCGUACCGCCUGGGGUCCUUCUGUACCUAGGUACUCCCUAUACCUCACUACGUACCUAAGGUACCAAAGUAUCCUGAGCUGGACGACUUUCCCCGUCUCUGCCGUCGCUGCCUCUGCCAUCUCCGAUCCCCGUCCUACGUCUUCCCUGCCCGUCCGCGCCAGAGCUGCCCACCCUCCGUUAAGAAGCAAACCACCUCCCACCCGUCGCGCCCCGACCCCCAGCAUCACGUAUUACUCUUUCCGUCCCUGCACUUUUUUUUUUUUUACUCUCAUCGGACUGCUCUCCUGCCUGAUGUCUAUAUUCUUGCACUUGUAUCAUAUCCACAAACUCUUGACCAUACUCACUUUAUAAUCACUCUCACAUCUCAACUCCUUUCCAUCCCCAACCGCCUCGGAAUCAUACACCCCCUGCUUUAUCCAACCGGCCCCAUCGCCUCAGGUCCUCAUCGGAAACCAACACCCUGGCUUCACGUCAAACACACCUUAUUGCCCAAUCCUUCACCAACCUGCACAAUACUUCACGCCCUCUUCCCCCAAAUCUCUGGAGCCCAAUCUGCCAGCUCACUUGCUCAAGAGGCCUUGUUCUAUUUGGAUUAUAUGAAGCCUUGCUCCCUCCUUAGCAAUCCUGGCAUAUAGACACAGCUCUACUACAUCGUAUAACUUCAACAACACUUCCCUCUCAACCUCGAGUGUCCCCUCCGGCUCACCCAGUACGACACACAAUUACAUAUCGCCAUGUCACAUUCAUAUCGGAAAAACAGCUCCAAGAGCUCGACAAGUAGUCGAGACUUUCGCAGGAGUAGCGAAUCUUGCGACUCAUACGAGACGUAUGAAUCACAGAGCACAACACCUACUUCUUACUAUGCGAGCACCGAGGCGUCGUCAGUCAAAGAAGCUAGAACCGUUACUAGCAAGAUCCCGCCUGUCUACGAGGAAGACAUAUCCCCUUCCACUAGCAACUGUUUGAGAUCUUCCGUCGACACUUUCGACUCAAGUUUGGCUUCGGACGACGAAGAUGAGCUUGAGCUUCAACGGGAAGCCGAACUAGACAACUUCGACAAGCACCGCGACAUCCCGCCUUUGCCCACCUACUACCGCGAUAUCAUCGACACCGAUGUGCGGCCAUCCACACCCCAGGACUUUGGCAAACUGUUCCCAUCCAUGAACAGGUUAUCUAUUUGCCACGACGAAUUUACCCCGGACGGCAACAUGAAUCUCAGAGUAGACACCGUCGCCCCCGGUCGCCGCCCCUUCAACAUUCAGCUCUUCCACCUGCGCAUGUACGACCUCAGCAAGCGUGAGUUCUCGCUUCGACGUUACUGCCGCGACUCCGGCCGCGAAGUCUGCAACUCCAAGCGCAAGUACAUUGAGGAAAACAACCAAGAGCGACCAACUCUCCAGCGAUCCGUCUCAAGCGCCAUCAAGACCCUCUCCAUGAGGAGACCUCCUCUGUCGCGCACCAACUCGGGUGGCUCAAUUUUCGGAGGCAAGGGCAAGGACGGAGCUUCGCAGCGCCCACAGUCCAGCUCUUCAUCUAUGCGCACUUUUGGCGACGACGCGGCAAGUUUCAAGCGUUCAGCCUCAUUUGAAGCGAAAUCCAAAGCUCGACCGGUUCCCAGCAACACCAUGAAGCUCGAGUUCUCCAACUAUGCACGCGUCGACGUGUCACGCCGCGGUGGUGCCAACAACAAGCGCUAUGAGUUUGACUGGUGGGGUCACAAGUACCAGUGGAAGCGUGUCACCGACAAGAACCUCGGUGUCGUCUCUUUCCACCUUAUCAAGGACGGCAACAACGACGCUCGCGAUGCCGUUGCGCACAUUGUCCCCGAGACACGAUCGCCCAACCAGGUUAUUGAGGAUGAAAGUGCCGGUGGCUGGGUGCCCCCUUGCCACAUGUGGAUCAGCGAUCGCAGCGUCCUUGACGCCGUCACCGACGUUGCUGAUGUGAUUAUCGCCACCGGCCUCAUGGCCCUUGUUGACGAUUGCAUCAAGACCCGCUGGCAAACGAAGAAGUUUACCCGCAUCCCGGUGCCCAUGACCUCCCGGUCUGUCGACGUUGAGCAUGUAGGCCCCAAGGCCUUUAUGCAACACCUUUUCCAGCGCCGCCCCUCUGAUCAAGCUUCAAGUCCAUUGCGACAACGUCCAAUUUCGACUUAUUGAGAUGAAAGCAGGAGGCUUCAUUUUGUGAUCAACUCUUUUCUCCUUUCAUCAUUGGAAACCAAAACUUAUCACUUUAUUACGGAUUUCUCAUCUCUUGCGGGGGAAAAAAAGAACCAAAAACAAGCACAUUUUCGGAUGGAAGAUCCAAAUCGACUUGAGAUCGACUUACACAGACUCCAAGAAGGGAGCAAACACAAGCAGCGGGUUAUGCGCAGCACAUACAGAACAGAACAGCAGACAACACACAGAUGACAGCAAUGUGGACAUGAUGGGCAGGAUACGGUACCAUGGGGACGAUUCCUCACACUCACAGCAUGGAGUGCAAUGGCGUUUUGGACUCCCCUUUUUUUUUGUUUCUUUUUUUCCUUUUUCUCUUUGGAGUGUGUGUAUCUAUCUCUCUGUAUGUAUUUUCUUACUUCUUUUCUUCCAUGGAAGAUGCAUCAAGCAGGCGCUGGACUGGAAACUCCCCCAAGAGCUGGGAUGGAAUGGGAUGAAUUGGAUGAAUUGCGAAAGCAAGCAAGCAAGCCCUGUACGAAUUGAAACGACUACCCUCGAAACCUCAUCCUUUCUGGAUUAGGAUUUUUCAAUAUGACUGAAGGCACAAAGAUGCAUCAUUGCCUCGAUUCUGAUUUGCUCAAACUAACUCACUGCGCAUGGCUGAAGACACCAACAUGACCAUGAAAUAUUUUCAACGCCUAGUGCUACUGCUCA